AAUUUGUUUCUGUGAUAACAAAGAGUCAUGUUGUCACCUGGAUCGUUUAUCAUCCUUUAGGUUUCGACAUAGUCCAAAUUGCUGGUACUUGAGAGACUGGACCAUCCACAGCUGGAUCAGACAGUGCUUAAAAUAUGAUGCACAAGACAAAGCCUUAUACACAUUAAAAAACAAGGUUCAGUAUGGAAUUUUCCCAGAUAAUUUUACAUUCAAUAUAUUGUUGGAUUGUUUUAUAAAGCAGAAGAAAUAUGAAGAUGCUAUGUCAGUAGUAACAGAGAUCAUGCUGCAAGAAAGUUUUGAUGAAUUAUCAACACAGCUUCUUUCUCUGUAUGUUUUAUACCAGUACCUGGCAACCAAGUCUGAACAUACGUGGGAAGAUGAGAGAAAUCUUGGAGCAUCGCUAGUGCUUACCGGUCUAAAGCAAACGAGCACCGUGGGUUUUAGCUCCCAGCUGUAUGGCUAUGCAUUCCUUGGGAAAGUGGAGUUGAAUAAAGGGCUUAGAGCUGUAUACAAUCUAAUGCCACUGAUGUGGACACCUGGAUACUUGAACAGAGCCUUGCAAGUGAUGGAGAAUGUGGCUUCAUUGUCAGGGGACAGCAAAAUCUGCAAAGAAGCUAUGGAUGCCCUGGAGACCAUUUUGCAGUCUGUCCUUGAAGGAAAACCUGGUCUAGAAUCCGCUGAAGAAGUGAAGGAAUUAGAGCACAAGUCACAGUAUGCAGAAUCAGAAGAAACAGAGCAGUCUAAAGCACCCGAGUACUACAGCCGAUUCAAGGAGCUGCACUCUAAGCUGCAUUCACUUGGCAAGGUUGAAUCUGAAAGCCUGUUAACCCUGACCACCCAGCUUGUUGAGGAAAAACUGCCAGCGUGUGAAGUGGAAGACAUUGGAAAACAUGAGCAGAAGCUAAAGGAGUGGGAGCAAGAACAAGCACAUCUCAUUGAGAGAGAAAGAGAGUUGAGAGAAAAGGCUAAGCAGGAAAUGGAAGCUAGGAAACUAGCUAAAGCAUCUGCUUAGUACUGGAACUCGGAAACUACUAUAGUGGUAUGCAUUGCUCUGUCACUGAAUUGAAGUGCUCACCGUUAUUAAUAUUUCACUUCAAACCUGCUGCAAGUGUGACUAUAUGCGACUGCUGUAUGCAAAUUAAACUUUUUCCAUUUUGCCUGUUUCCUGAA